AUGCCCCGCAAAGGCUCUGCAAGGUAUUUGUAUGUGAUACUGGUGCAGCUGGCGAGUGUCGUUGUGCUGGCGGCCGUGUGUGCCGUCCACUGCGGCGGCGGAGGUUGGUCUGGCGGCGGUGGUGGAGGCGGUUGGUCCGGCGGUGGAGGAGGCGGUGGCUGGAAAGGAGGAGGCGGAGGAGGAGGCUGGAAAGGAGGCGGCGGCGGAGGAGGAGGCCCAGCCGCCGGCGGUGGCGGCGGUGGUGCCGCCCAGACCUACAAGACAGGAUCCACGUAUCUGGUGAAGUCCUUGCACCCGGUGAGCACCGGUGGUGGAGGCGGCGGAGGCAAAGGUGGAGGCGGCGGCGGAGGCGGCCACCACGGUGGAGGCGGUGGUGGACACGGCGGUGGAGGCGGAGGCUGGUCCGGUGGGGGCGGAGGGGGCGGCGGAUGGCCCGGAGGCGGUGGAGGAGGCGGUGGCUGGGACCGCUAA